AUGAGACUGAAUAUAAGAAAAUUCAUUUUCGCUAUCGGUAUCUUUGUUGUACUAUGGCUUAUAAUAUCCUACUCGUCUAUCUUUGUACCGGAGGAUAAAUCGAAGAAUAGUGCAUCACGGAUGGAAGUAGAAUUAGAUAAAUUGCAAAAUAAAAUGAGGGACCAGUUGAGUGAUAGUUAUAAGUUGUUGGAAAAGGUCAAAAGUCGCUUGAAGAAGACUGAAGAGAAAAGUAUUGAAGAUAUUGCAAGAGAGUCAUUUAAAGCGGAGAAUGAUAUUGAUAUGGCUCUAGAUGGCAGCAUAGUUUUACCCAUUUUAGUUAUAGCGUGCGAUCGAGUGACUGUGAAGAGGUGUUUGGACAAUUUAGUUAAAUUUAGACCUGACAAAGACACAUUUCCUAUUAUAGUCAGUCAGGAUUGCGGCCACAAUGAAACCUACAAAGUGAUCAGAUCGUUCACCGACGCCGACCCUUCUAUAACGGUGGUUCAACAACCCGAGCUAUCCGAGAUACCCCUGCCUCGAGCGAAGGUCAAGUUCAAGGGCUACUACAAGAUAGCCAGGCACUACCGGUUUGCGCUCAACCACGUCUUAGUGGGCUUGGAGUAUGACGCUGUCAUAAUUGUUGAAGAUGACCUCGACAUAUCUCCAGAUUUUUUUGAGUAUUUCCUGGGUACCUACCCCCUAUUAUAUAAGGACCCUAGUAUAUGGUGCAUAUCAGCAUGGAAUGACAACGGGAAGAAAGAAUUAAUAGACCUAUCUCGGCCAGAGCUGUUGCAUCGUACAGAUUUCUUUCCCGGCCUCGGUUGGCUGCUAAAAAGAGAUACCUGGUUACAACUGGAGCCCAAAUGGCCUGAAGCGUUUUUCGACGACUGGCUUCGCGAUCCCCAGAACACGCAAGGCAGAGCAUGUAUCAGACCCGAAAUUUCAAGGACAUACAGUUUUGGAAAGAUAGGCGUCAGCAAAGGCCUGUUCUUCGAUAUGCACUUGAGGUACAUGCAACUAAACAUGGAGUUUGUCGGGUUCACUAAACUCAACCUCACUUAUCUACUCAAGGAUAACUACGACAGUUCCUACACGGAACUGGUCGCUUCGUUACCGGAGACGUCGCCCGAGGAGGUAAUGGCCGGUGCGAGUACUGAAUCCGCGCUCCGCGUGUCCUACUCCUCCGCCAAAACUUACCGGAAGGCGGCCAAGAAACUUGGACUUAUGGAUGACUUCAGAAGCGGUAUACCCCGUACGGCGUAUCGAGGUAUAGUGACCUGUUUUAUAAGAAACCGACGCGUCUACCUCGCCCCUAACUAUGAGUGGACCAAAUACGACCCGAGUUGGGGCUAAACGGGAACGACUAAUAUGUAUCUUCAGUACACGUUGGUCGUUGGACCUUUGCACGUGGCCAACGUGUUAAGGCCAACAUGGCGUGCAUCGGCCAAGUGCAAUAGUGGGCAAGGUCUAAAGCAGGGCCAACAAGACGCGAUAAAGAAUUCCUGAGAACACCAACAUAUUGGUCAUUGGCACUCUAAUUUUGUGUAUCAUUUGCCAAUGGUAAUAAUUUGCGAAGGUCUAAAGCAGGACCAAUAAGAUGCGAAAAAGAACCCAAAUUUUCCAAAAUAAAAAUAAUCAUUCGUUCCCUCUUCGCCUUUCUACCAUCGCACUGCAAGACAUCGGGCGGGUUUUCAUCCCUAUGUUGUCAAAAAAAACUCGCACGAAGAAAUUUGCAUUUUAUAGGCAUGGUUGGGCUUUGGAACGCCCUUCCGAGUUCUGUGUUUCCUAAUUCUUACAAUCUGGGUAUCUCUAGUUAAUAGGCAUCUUCUUGGCAAGCGCGUCCCAUCUAAGGCCACAUCUACAUCAGGUGAGAUUUUGGUAAGCUUUUGACGUUAAAAAAUAACUCUUCAUCAUCAGCUCUUAAGCGGUCACUGCUAUAUACAGGGCUUUCAGGUCUAUUUCCUCCAGGAAACGUAAAAUUGUGAAGUGUUCCACGUUUUUUCGUCGACCUCCAUGGCAAAGUGGAAUGCCCCGAUUUAGAUCCCCGGCAGGGGUAAUCUUGAGAACAUGCUGCCAUACGCGUAAGUACCAAGUCGAGUUAUGGGUUUAAUAUACCUCUAAGGUUAACCCGCUACCAUCUUAGACACCAUUAUCUAGUGGAACACAACAAAAAUACUCAGAAGGUCGUCAGUCCAGUUGACUAGAGGCCAUCCCACGCUGCGUUGACCGGUCGCUGUUCACUCCAAGGGCCUGGGCCAUCCAGAAAUGUUACAUCGCGAAAAACAAUAUUAUUCGAAAAUGUUGAAGCUCUUUUUUCUACAACUUUUUUCUUUUCUUCUUUACAAAUUGCCAUAGACAUAUGGCAAUUUGUACUUUGGCUUGGUCCGCAAUAAUUCCUACAAUAUCAGAGUGGUGGAAAGCGUGGUUAUAACGGAUCAGUUGUUUAAGAACGUAUUAAACUGCUAUUUUAAAAUAAUAUUUACCAUAUCUAUAAUAAGUUAAGGGCAAAAAUAAGAAAUACUACGAAUAAAUAAUACCUCAAGAGAUUUUCGAUUCCUAUUUCAAAAUACCAGCCGAGUGAUAUUAUAUCCUCUUUACUAAAGCUAUGUUGGCAGCGUUGGUGACUUCCUGAAAAAAUACACUCUUAUCUGAUUUAAGUAUAGACCACGCCAAAAAUAGUAUAACUUUUAUCUUAUUUUGUUGGUCUUGCUUUAACUAUAAAUACUGUGUUAUAUUAUACAUUAGUUGUGUUGAUUACACAGAAAUAACUUCCUUUUUCAUCCAGGAUUACCUAUCAUCCAAACUCGUUUAGUUAUUAUUAAUAUAUCGAUGAAAUACUCGAUAUUGAGAUGUUGCAUUCCUUCAGGUAGGCAUUGUUAUAUGUAUAUUAUGUACCAGAAACUAUACUUAUCAGCAUACUAUCUGUCAUAUUUUGUCAGCAUUUAUAAG